ACUGUCUUGCUUCCUUGAACCGGUGUAUACGCAAAAUUUUGUAGUGAAAAAUAUAAUUAGUAAGCCGGAAUGGGUAUUCUAGGUUUAGCGAAGUUAAUUGCGGAUAUAGCUCCGCAAGCUGUAAAAGAAUUAGAGAUUAAGAACUAUUUCGGGCGGAAAAUAGCAAUUGAUGCAUCUAUGAGCUUGUACCAGUUCUUGAUAGCUGUAAGAAGUGAAGGUCACCAGCUAACGUCAGUGGAUGGAGAAACAACAUCUCACCUCAUGGGCACAUUUUACCGGACCAUCCGGCUGGUGGAAGCGGGUAUCAAGCCGGUAUACGUGUUUGACGGGAAACCUCCAGACCUGAAAUCACAUCAGCUAAACAAGAGAGCCGAGAGAAGAGAGGAGGCCGAGAAGGAACUACAAAAGGCUACAGAAGCUGGCGACCAAGCGUCUAUAGACAAGUUCAACCGGCGUCUGGUGAAGGUGACGAAGCAGCAUGGUGAGGAGGCCCGCGAGCUGCUCCGGCUGAUGGGCGUGCCCGUCGUGGAGGCGCCCUGCGAGGCCGAAGCGCAGUGCGCGGAACUUGUAAAAGCAGGCAAGGUGUAUGGUACGGCGACGGAGGACAUGGACGCGCUGACGUUCGGCUCCAAGGUGCUGCUGCGGCACCUCACGUUCUCGGAGGCGCGCAAGAUGCCCGUGCAGGAGUUCCACCUCGACCAGGUGCUCGACGGGCUGGGGCUGCUACAGGACGAGUUCAUUGACCUCUGCAUCCUGCUGGGCUGCGACUACUGCGGCUCCAUCCGCGGCAUCGGCCCCAAGCGCGCCAUAGAGCUCAUCCGCCAGCACCGCUCCCUCGAUGAGAUCCUCAAGAACAUAGACACCAGCAAGUACCCGCCGCCCGAAGACUGGGACUACGCGCAGGCGCGGAGACUGUUCCUCCAGCCUGAAGUUGCUGAUGCUAAGGAUAUCGAGUUAAAGUGGACAGACCCGGACGAAGAAGGGCUGGUGAAGUUCCUGUGUGGAGACAAACAGUUCAACGAGGAGCGGGUCAGGAAUGGCGCCAAGAAACUCAUGAAGGCAAGGACUGGGACCACCCAGGGCCGCCUCGAUGGAUUCUUUACUGUAAAAACAACACCGAACCCGAAACGCAAGGCUGAGGAAGAUAAAAACAAAGCAAACAAUAAAAAAGCUAAAACAGGCGCCGGCCGAGGAAGGAAACCCAAAUAGUCUAUUAAGUAUUUAAGUACCUAAGAUCAUAGAAUAAGUAAUAAUAACAUAACAAAAGCUUGCUACACCCCUUGGGAUAGUCAGGGGUACAUCCAUCGUAAGAUGAACUAAGUACCCACACCUCACCGAGGUUUCUGUUAGAGCAAGAGCAACGUUAUAGGAAGUGAGCCGUAUCGCCGUAUAGUGGUCGUGCCAAUUGGGUAAAUAAUAAUACGUAUAGAACGGACACUCCGCCCCGCACCAAUGCGUAUCGAGUGCCGAGAAUGCCAAGCUAUACUCCGUUCACCGAAACAAGUAGAGCGCUAUCUCUCUCAAACAUUCUUCUUCUUCUAUCGUGUGGGUUGUGAGGCGAAUUACCAACCUCAUCAACCCUGGUGUCAGGGUUACUAUUGAGCCGCCAAAGGCCCCUGACAUGACUCAUUUAUAACGACUACGUACUUACACAGUAAGUAGUAACCGGGACCAACGGCUUAACGUGCCUUCCGAAGCACGGAUCGUCUUACUUUCGGACAAUCAGGUGAUCAGCCUGUAAUGUCCUAACCAAACUAGGGACCACAAAGUAAUUUUUGUGAUAUGUCCCCACUGGGAAUCGAACCCAGGACCUCCAGAUCGUGAGCACAACGCUCAACCACUGGACCACGGAGGCCGUCUCAAACAUUUUUAACCCCCGACGCAAAAACGACGAGGUGUUAUAAGUUUGACGUGUCUGUGUAAAUGUGUAUGUGCCUGUCUGUGGCAUUGUAGCUCCUAAACGGAUGAUCCGAUUUUUGUGCGGGUUUUUUGUUUGAAAGGUAUAUCAGUCGAGAGUGUUCUUAGCUAUGUUUGAUGGAAAUCGGUUCAGGUCUUCAAGGUUAUCAGGUCAUUUGUUAAGUGUGACAGGAAUGUUACACGCUCAGUUUGCUUGCAAGCAUAUGUGGGACAAGUUAAUAUUAAAUAUACAUUAACUCAUGGCCGGUUACCUUCCUACAUAUGAUUCUCGCAUUACGUCUAUGGUUGCUCAUAUAGAAGAUGACAGAUUCACCACGCCCCUCCUUUUCUUUCCUAUUUCACCUGC